GGGCCUUUCACUUAAUUCCCUCUUUACUUUUUUGAUUUCACAGGAAUAAUUUUGAAUUAACUGUAUAUAAAAAGGACAUUAUGAAUGAAGCACUGCUAUUUACUCGCAAAUUAAUUUUACCAACUUCACAAAUUACUUGUCCUGGUGAACUGCCUGAUGUAAAUGUGACCUGGUAUAAGUGGCCAAAGGACACUACAGUUUUGAAUGGAAAUAAGACUUUUGAGAAGUUGCCAGAGAAGGGACCAAAGCUUUACUUCCACUCCCCUAACCCUUCAAAUGAAUCACUUUACACUUGUAUCAAGAGUGGAGUGCAUUAUGGGAAACCAUUUCAGCUGUCUGGAAUAGUACGGACUGUUUUAACAGUUCCAUCUGCUUCAUUGCCCCCAAUAAUUAAGAGUCCAAACAAUGAGACUGUGGAGGUAGAUCUUGGUUCUCCUAAAAACAUUGUGUGCACAGUUUUCUUUGGAUUUAACUCAAAGGAUAUAAGCAAUAUACAGUGGAAAUUAAAUGGGACCACUUUGAAAAACCAGGACGAUUAUAUUUUACACAAGCAGAGUGGUGAAGAAGAAAAUAUGACCAUUCACCGGUUAACUUUGAGCAUCAAGAAAGUGACAGAAAAGCAUUUUAAUACUUACAGAUGUUUUGCUGCGAAUAGUGAGGAGUGGGUGCAAAGCUUCAUAACCUUAAAACCAAGAGAGGGAAGCAAGGCUCACUUUGUGGUAACAUUUUUUGGGGUUGCCACAUUAGUAAUGCUCUGUGCAGCAGUUUUGAUAAAGUAUUUCAUGAUUGACAUUGCACUGUUCUUUCGGAGUUUGUUUAAAUCACGCUCACAUCAGCAUGAUGGAAAAAUAUACGAUGCUUAUAUAACAUAUGCUGCUGAAAAUCUACAAGAAUCUUUCAAGAAAACAGUUAACAGAUUUGUGCAUGAAGAUUUGAUAAAUGUAUUAGAGAAGACAUAUGGCUAUAAGCUUUUCAUUUCUGGAAGGGAUGAUCUACCAGGAAAUGAUUAUGCAGAAGAUAUUGGAAGAAACCUACAGAUCAGCAGAUGCCUCCUUAUUAUUUUAACACCUUCAGAUUGUACAAAUGUCUAUGCUCAGCAAGUGGGAUUGUUUAAUGCUCUUCUUAAAGACAGUAUGAGGGUAAUACUAAUUGAGAUGGAAGGGUUGAGCGGCUAUGGAGAGCUCCCUGAAUCUCUGAACCACAUUAUCCAAAAAAGGAAACCUUUAAAGUGGAAGCAAAAACAAUCAGCAAACUCAAGGUUCUGGAAACAUCUUAGAUACCAAAUGCCCUAAACUCAAAACAAGGGUGGGAGAUCUCAAAAUGAGUCUGUAAAUUGUGCAAGCUUUUGAAAUGUAAUGUACUUUGUUUUCAUUUUUUUGAGGAAGAAUUCUUUUAGGUUUGAUUUGAUUUCUUAAAGUGAACUUCAUAGCCCUUUGAUCCUGAGCUGAGCUAGUUUCUCUAUGGAGUAUACAGUAUAUGUUCAUUUUAUGUUUGUGCGGAGUCCUCCACCACUUCCUAAAGAUGUGUUGUCAAAUCAGUUAUCAGGUUCAAAGUCUCCAUUAUACUUGUGUGUUUCUACAUAUGUGUGCCAUGAUAGACUUCCAUGCCUCUCAGGGUUGUCCUAACAGCUGUCAUGGCAGAAAUAAUUGUUGACUUCUGGUCACCUGCACAAGAAGAAAUGAGCUUGUGAAUGGAUGGAGGCAUGGAUAGCAGGCACACUUGUCUUCAUAAAGGUUUUGGCAGAAAGAAUUUCAAUCAGCGCUCUGUGUUCUUAGUUUGUCAGCAUACAUUUUUCUUGUCAUUAG